GAAGCAGACGGGCGGGAGGCUAGCGGGAAAGGAAGGACGCAAGGACAGACGCAAACACAAGCUCGGAGUCGGAAGGAGGAGAUGAAUGAGGACGAGAUGCUCGCGCCAUCUGCGCCGUGUUUGCUCUUCUGAGAGCAGGCAGGGAUCUGCAGUCAAAUACCCGGAAAGCCUUCUAAAUGAGCAGAUGGUUCUUCAGCAUUUCACCACCUCCGAUCUCUCUGGUGGAGCGCUAAGGGUCUGAAAACUGUACCCCUGCCGUUCAAGGAUUCGGGGUAAUGCAGACUCCAGCGUCUAUGGUGAUGGGGAUAGUCUUCGCCCCAUUGGGUCUGGUUCUGCUCUUCACCGCUGCCAUCACCCCUCAGUGGAGAGAGGGUCAUACGCGUCUGGACUUGGCCAAACCUGGCUCCGUUCUCCUCCGGAUGGUGGUUAAAAGCCACAGUCUGGGAACCCCGGACGGGCUGUUGCUGGUCCGCUCAGAUGGCUUGUGGGAGAGUUGUCUGCAGUUGGAGCACUCUGAACUGAAGCAGUGUUGGCCAGCUGCGGGUCCUUAUCAGCGAGACCGUCGGGUUCGCCUUGUCCAAGGCUUGGUCCUGACAUCUCUGUUCCUGUGCGGCACCGGCAUUCUCCUCGCCUGCAUCGGGGUCCGUUGCUGGACCGACCUGCCGCUGCGUGGGGUGGCAGCUACGGGCGGGCUCCUGGUGGUAGUGGCCGGGCUGCUCAGCAUGACAGCGCUAGGGGUCUACACCCACAACCUGUACAGGCUGGGCACCGAGGACACCCAGAAGGACCCGAAUAACACCAGGUUCCCUCGGUUGAGCUUGCGCCCGGCUGGCUCGCUGUACUUCGGGUGGUUGGGUUCGUGCUUGCAGGUACUUGGCGGGAGCGCCUUGGUGUUUUGUUUUAAGAGACCCCGAUGCCGAACCUGCCCGGACUUAGCGGCUUGCCCCGCUAGUCGGCCGUGCUCUGAAGUUCGCAACAAGCCCGACACGGACAUGUAUGAAGUCAGCUGUUAGAACAGGACUGUGACUUUCAAACUCACUCGCAACGUUGAUCCAGGGGUUCUCAAACUUUCGGGAUCCAGGGACCAUGUAAAUGAGAAAAUAUUUCCAAGGACACCCCUUCAUGACAAGGUUGUAUUUCAAAGUUGCCUAUUUAUAACAAAUUCCUAUUUUUAUAUUGAAAGGAUUUGUACUUGUUUUAAAGGAAAUAUUUUUCAAAUUAAUUAAUUAAACGCUUUGUAAUUGUCUUUAGAUGCCAUCAGGUGGCAGCAAAACAUUUCUUUAUGUUACGUAGACAAAGCUAAUGUCUGACAAAUUAAGCUCCUCCCCUCAGUUGUGCUUGCAACAGGGCAAUUUUUUUUUCUUAAUAUCGAACUCCAAAUGAGUGGAGGUGUAAAACGGUAAAGAGAUUAAGUCGUAAUUUUCCAGGUCAAUGAAAAAGGAAGAAAUUCGUACCUGCAGCGAUUAAAAAAAAAAAAGCAAACAUACAGGUAGUCCCCGGGUUACGACUGACCCGGCUUAAGCAAUUUCGAAUUUACGACACCAGAGUUUCGUCGUUUUAUUUUUUUUUAAUGUUGAAUUUUGUGAUGCAUGCUUUUAUUUUGGUGCGGGAAGCGUAGAACAGGAAGCGAGCGCAUGUACAGACACGCCCACCGCACAGACGCACACACAGAGCCGCCGAGUGACCGAGGUGACAGCCUGCGCGCACAUUUGUUGCAUGUGAAGCAUCCAGAGACGACGGUUGUAUAACCUGUUCUAUAACCCCUUUUGUACUGUUUAUUGUGCAUUUUCAAUUGUGGUCGAAUAACUGAAGCGAGUUUAUGUUUUUUGAUGAUGUGCGGAUGCUAACUCAUACAUGCUAAUCGUUUGUUAUCGCUGGAUGAGCAGUAGGGUUGGGCAUUGUUUGAAUUUGAACAGUUCCGGUUCCACGUUACGAUUCCGAUUCUUAAAAAAAAUGCAUAGUUUAUUUGAAUUUCUUAACUUCUCGAUUAUUUUUUUAAAUUAUAUGAAUUUUCAAUUAACUAUGAAUUUUUCACAGAGCUAUUUUUUAAACUUGAUACAAAUAUCAGUCAUUGAAAUUGAAUAUGGUGAAGUUUCUUUCCACGGGAGUGCACUUUAACAAAGAUGUUUAUUUUUCUAAAGCUCGCGGAGAAAACAUUUACACAUUCUUUUGCCUAUGUUUUAGAGUGUCUUAUGCUGCAGGCAUUUUUAAAUGUUACUGAGCUCCCACUAAUGGUGCAGAAUAUCAAACAAAGAAAAAAACAACUUGUAAAACCCAGUCAGAUUAGCAGGGGUACAAUAUAAAAUCAGAAACAGUUUUUGUUGACGAAAAUGAUCAUAUCUGCCUUCUCAGGCAGUAAGCGUGAGCGUUCUGGACAGAUAGUGCCUCCUGCAGUGGAGAACACACGUUCACUGGGUGUAGAUGAAGCCUGAACGCAUAAAUAUGAGAAAGCGAGAAAAAGUCGCAAAUAUUAUGUAGAGGUAAGGUAGCUGUGAGCCACUACGAACGUUACACAACAUGUACCUUAGCUGGGAGCUAUGAUGAAGCAUUAGUACAAAUUCUUCUAUUGAUUAUUAUUUCAUGUAUAUGAGGCAAAAUAAUAAGGAUUUCCUUAUUUGUAAAACCAAUUCUACAACAAAAGAUGCCUUUAAUACUGUUGAUUUAAACUGAGGCGGCAACGCGCUACGUAAAGUACGUAGCUGCUUAUAUAGCUACAUGAGCCCGAUGUAAUAAUACGACUUAUUCUCGUACUAUUCCACCUAUCCAUCCAUCAUCUACUGCUUAAUCCAGGGUCGGGUCGUGAGGGCAGCAGAAAACAGACGUCAUUUAUUGUUUUACUUACCUGGUUCUGACUGGUUAGAGGACCGACGCAGCAUGUUAAAUAUGCAGUGCUCAGCUAUGCACUACUCGGCACUUUUAUUCCAUGAAGCCGGAGGUGUUUAACCAUAUUGGUCGUGCAUGAUAUACGUAGCUGUGUUGCAAAUGUUGCACUGAGUUGACAAGUCAUUUUUCUUUGUUAAGUUGAGCCAAACUUUUUAGCGCCGCCGCACCGUGUCCAUGGUUGAAACCAAGUUGUAAUGCACUAACACCCGCUGCAUGUGGCUUCUUCUUCGUGGUGUUUGGCCGCUAUUUUUUUCCUAUCGGCGGUCAGGGCACCGAAACAUGGAAAAAUCCAAAUUUAAAAAUUCGAAUGGUUCCGGGGGAAUCGAGUGUUAGUCCCAGAUCCCAUUGAUGUUCGAUGCCCAACCCUAAUUAGCAGCUACUUGUCAGCGCAAAUUUCAAUUGCUGUUAUUAAAGAUGAGUCUGGUUUAAUUUCAUUAUAUUUUAGUUUUAUUCUGCAAGUGUUGAUAUCAUAAGCAGAUGAAUAAAGUCAGCAAACCAAAUGGACAUCCGACAUCGUCAUUUCGGAGCUUAGCUCACUGGCUAGUUGUACAGGCAAAAGUCCGCUAGCUUAAAUGCUAUAAAAUGCGAAUGUUUUUUUUUUUUUCACUGUUCUUAACAAAUGGUUCAGACUCAUAUUCCCACAAAAAUGGCUCAAUAUACAUAUAAACUAAAUUACGAACGCAUUAAAAAGCAUUAGCCCAAAGAAAAACUUUGCUUAAGUUGGUCUUAACAGGGAGCAGUUGGAUCCAGCCAUGUGAAAUGAGGCAGAUCAGAGGGCAAUGUAUCCACCCUAAUCAAUAAACUAAAUGUAAACACUUUCAAAAUAACACAUUACAACGCCACUUUAAUUAAACGAAUACUUGAGGCAACAAAAUUUUAUUCCAAUAUUUUUUUCUAAUCGAAUACUCGAGUUAAUCGAUUAAUCGUUGCAGCACUAAUUUAAAGGGAUAAUUCCGAUUUACGCGGUAGGGUAACUUUCGUAAACCGGGGACUAGCUGUAUUUUAGUAUCUUUUGCCUUUUAUUCAAGAAAAUAUCGUUAAAAAUAGUGCUGGAUUGUACAAUAUUAUUUGAAGAUACAAAAAGAUACAAUUUUAUUCUUGUAUUAAAACUGCUUUUGUUCUGAAAAGAUGACUUCAACCGAUUAAUGUGAUAUUGGAGGAGUAAUUGGCUUACUGUUUCAAGACUUUAAAACAUUCCUUGUGUUAGCAUCUACGCACAAAGAUAUGCACUUUUUUUUGUAAAGCUAAGAAAUCAUUUGUUGGAAUUUUUUUUGCUGAUCCCCCAUGGUCCCUAGACUCCAGUUUGAGAACCCUUGUAUCACAGUCUCUGUUUGUGGACUCUAAUUUUGUGCCGUGAUAAAUUGUUUCCUUACAGUAUGUUUCUUGUUAAUUCCAUAACUCCUUAGGUUUUCGUCUCCAACGGUUUUCGUCGGCCUUGUCCUGUGUGCAGCCAAUUAGCUUCCUUUAGUCACUCCAGUCUUGUCCAGGCGUUCCUUGUCGUUUCAUCAAUUUGUUUGUAUUUAGUUCUCUGCUUUCGUUUUUUUUUUUCCCAGAUCAUUUUAAAAUUUCAUGAGUACUGUCAAUUCGUCUGUGGUUAGUUUAUUCGAUCGAGUUUCUUUGACCACAGAUCAUAACACCCUGAUCCGGUGAGUCAUACUUAAGACACUUUUCCAUCAACUCGCAAAACUGUGUGUGAUAAUGACCUUCUCCAGAUAGUCACCGCGGAUAUGACUGAUCUGUGAUGAUGUUCUUGUGACGCCUUCGACAGCCGUGCUGUGUACUGUUAAGCUAGAAAAAUACAUCACGCUGCAUAUUAACAUAACUACACGGGGCCUUCGGUUUAUGACGGAGUUCCCUUCUUGCGUUAGUGAUGAGACACAAAUUUGAAUGCGCGCAUCAGCAAUCCUACAUGAACGCAGAUGCGAGUCAUAUUGGUUCGAAAAACACUUCUUAUGCUGGGCUCACAUGUAAAGACUUUGGAAGAUUUGGAAAAGGCUCUUGAAAGACUUAUCUCUAAGCUGAGGGGUAUGCAACUCCAAAAUUCUACGAUUUUUUUGCAGUUUCCUGGCUUGCUUGAGCUCAUCCAUUGGUUGCUGGUUGUGUCAUGUCACUUAAAGACCGACAGGCUCAAAUGAUAUUAAACAUCUUUGCUAGGACUUAAAAAAAGUCUAAAUUCAGACGCAGAGACAAGCAUGUCAUACUUAAUGGGAACCACGGAGAGAAAGACUUGUAGUUCUGAAAAGAUCCAUGUUAGUAUGAGUUAUAAUUAGGGUUGUUCCGAUCAUGUUUCUUUGCUCCCGAUUCAAUUCCAAUCAUUCCCGAUAAUUUUUCCCGAUCAUAUACAUUUUGGCAAUGCAUUAAGAAAAAAAAGAAUAAAACUCGGACGAAUAUAUACAUUCAACAUACAUUACAUAAGAACUGUAUUUGUUUAUUAUGACAAUAAAUCCUCAAGAUGGCAUUUACAUUAUUAACAUUCUUUCUGUGAGAGGGAUCCACCGAUAGAAAGACUUGUGACUUUGUAUAUUGUGACUAAAUAUUGCCAUCUAGUGUAUUUGUUGAGCUUUCAGGAAAUGAUACUGUAGCCAUUUCACUGUUCUGCCCAAAUGCAUGAAGGGAAGUGCAACCAUGACUGUGCGUAGUGGCACCAAUUGAUAUAUCUUCUCUGCGUUGGGAAGUAACAUAGGGUGUUAAGAAAAAGAUCAACCACUACCGUUCUUCCCCACAUUGCUUCCCACGAUAUUUCUAAUUGUUGAGAGAGGGAUUUUAAGGCUUUAACCAAUUAAAAAGCGGCUCCUAAGACUGCCAAAAUUCUCUCUACUCAUUUUACGCAGCCUGUUAGCUCUAUAUAUAGGUAAAAUGGCGCCAUUCUAGAUUGAACGCGACAAUGCGUGAGUGGGUCGUGCAACGCAUGCGUUAAUUGCAUUAAAUAUUUUAACGUGAUUAAUUUUUUAAAAAUGAAUUACCUCCGUUUACGCGAUAAAUUUGAUAGCCCUACUUUAAGCCAAAACUAAAGACUCUGGAUGAAUGUAAGACAUUUUGUCUGUAACGUUAAAUACAAUUGGAAAAUGAUUUAAUUAAAAAAAAAUAUAUAUAUAUAUAUAAAAGGCAUGUCCGAUAUUUUUUUGUCGAUUACGAUACUUUGAAAAUGACGUGACCGAUCGAUCGGUCAAGUCCUUAGUUAUAAUAAUUUGAUAUUCAAACCCCUCUUAAUCUUUUCAUUUUUAUAAAUUGGAAAAAAUACCUAGUAAGUCGCCAUUGUUGUUGGUGACGCAAUGCACUCUGUGUGGUGACGUCACUGGGCAGCGCUGCCGUACUCCAGUAGGAUUCGAACCAGAGUUUCCCGUGCGACAGACGAAUGCUGAGACCACAGCAUUAUGCGGCAGGCCAAACGGCUCAGGAUGGACUAUAAGUGCGUGACAACAUGACGAUGACGUCAGAGUCAUGAUUUUCUUCUAAAGUAAUCGCAACCCACAUUCGUUCUGUCUGUGCGGUAACUGAAAAAGUGAAACGUAACUGAAAAGAAAGUGCGUCUGGUUUGACCACAGAAUUAGAAAACGCGGCUCACUUCCAGCAGGGCCGCCAACCAAAAGUGGUAUUUGCCCUGUGGCAAAAUGGCGUACCGCACGCAGGCUAUUUUUAGACCAUGACGUCGCAUCGUAAAGCGGAAGUAAAGCCAAAGUGGGACAUUAUAGACCCGCCCUCGCAUAGACACAACGUAAUUUGUGCUACUUUUCUCCGGUAAGCUUUCAAAAACGAACAUGCCGAUCACGUAUUGCUUUUUUGGAACUUGUAGAAACGACUCGAGACAUUACGACACAUGAAGGAUGUUUUCUUCAUACGUUUCCGGAAACCAAUAACUCGGGAGGAAAAAAUGAGAAGACCGAAUCAACUUGCGCGGACUUUAAACACCAGCUCGGUGAAUCCAUUCACAUUUCAUAUGUAGUAAACAUUAUGUUGGGUUGGCAUGGUCUUUCAGAGGACAAAGUGGUAAGCCAAUUUUAUAUUUUUAGCUUGUUUUUUUCGCGUAACGUUGUGCCGUACUGCUUCUGUCUGACAAUGAAUGACCUGAAAAGAAUUACAACGGUAUCUGACUGCCACUGUUACCG